UUCCCCCUCCCCCGCGACAGCCGUCCCAAGAUGGUAGUGAUACUGUAAUUGAACUGAAAAACUUACAUUCCCGUUACCAAGACUGUCUAUUUGUCUUGGUUCAUCUUCAUUGUGAUUGUGUGAUUUAAAAUUGUAUUUUGGAAUUAUAUAUUUGUGAAAUCAGUGUUUGAAGAAGAUGAUUGUGGAGCCUGUCCAGGCGGCCAUUUGGCAUUGUUUAAAUAACUACGCUUACCCAGAUGCAACAUUUCUAGCUGAGCGCUUAAGGGCUGAAGUGGAUACGGAUGAGACACUAUUCCUGCUAGCCACGUGCUACUAUCGCAGUGGCAAGCCUGCACUGGCCUACAAUGUCUUGCGAGACAAAGGUCCCACCUCUGCGCAGUGCAAAUAUCUCAUGGCACGCUGCUGUCUGGACCUGCAGAAAAAUGCUGAAGCGGAGGCAGUUUUGACUGGAGGGGACCCUACACGGUCACGUAGCCUAGAUGACAUAAUAACAGAAUUUGGCAGCCUGUCAUGCUUUGCGCUCAGCGUGGUAGGACGAGUGUGUUGUGCGUCGGAACGCGUGCCACGCGGCGUGGAGGCUUAUAAGCGUGCUCUGCGACUCAACCCUCUGCUUUGGCAUUCGUACCAGGAGUUGUGUAGGCGUGGAGAACGGCCUGACCCGAGCAAGGUGUUCUGUGCAACGCAGUUGGACGGCUUGGGCCACAUUACGGGAACUGUGAGCCCCACGCAGCACGAGACUGCUGUACCCGCUGGGCUCGAAAAUAAUCUCACCAUACAGACGCCAGUACAACUGGGUAACAUUCUGACUGCUAACUCUCUCCACUGCAGCGGUAUCAGAGCAUUCUCUCCAGAUGACAGCCCCAUGAUGCCUCUCCGGUCCGCCAAGACCUCAGGAUUCCGCAAAAUAUUCUCUGGUAGUGCUACACCUCUCACGCCCAGUUUUGGAGUGAUGCCACUAGUAGAUUGGUCACCACAGGACCUCUACCCCUCCCCCCUGCCACAGUUCCACUCCUCCAACACGACUCUGACAGAGGCCAACGACCAGAAGAGCUUGACGAAAAGGCAAUUAAUCUCAGCCAAAGAGACACCGCUGCAGCAGUCCAAGACCACAGUAUUUAGUCAGUCAUGUAACACAGCACACUGCCUACCCUCCAGUGGUACCACGCCGGCAGUACAUACGGCACAGAGCGUGCGCCGCUCUUCUCGUCUCUUCACCAGCAGCUACAGCGUCAAGGAGAAUAACAAGAGUCCUAACAGGAACAAGUUUGCAACGCCCAAAUCACCGUCGAGAAAGACAAAGUCACGGCUGGCGAAGGCGAAUCUAAACAAGAACUUUGAGUUGAACGAAAGGAAUCGGUUGGGAGUGGUCGGAGAGCGGCCGGAGUCCAUCGUGGGGGGAGACAAUGGACAGUUAACAUCACAAGCUAUGAGUCAACAGUACCUGGGCAUGCAGAAACAGUCCAUAGAAGGAUUGCUAUCUUUGCUGAAACAGCUCGGGACAGGAUACCUCCAUCUAUGUCAAUCACAAUGUCGCAAGGCGAUAGAGUGUUUCACUAGUCUACCACCACAGCAGUACAACACAGGGUGGGUCCUCAGUCAGCUGGGCAAGGCCUGUCUGGAAUUGACCAACUACCAGCAAGCUUGUCACUAUUUCGCCCAGGUUAGAGAGCGAGAGCCGUACCGCACUCAAGGCAUGGAGUUCUACAGCACUGCGCUGUGGCAACUGCAGCGGGAGUCCGAGCUCUCUUCUCUGGCGCAGGACAUGAUAGCUCUGGACCCAGACUGUCCUGAGACGUGGUGUGUUGCUGGAAACUGCUUCAGUCUGCACAAGGAGCACGACACGGCCAUCAAAUUCCUUCACAGAGCCGUUCAGGUGGACCCCAACUGUGCGUACGUCUACACGCUACUAGGCCACGAGUACCUAGUCACGGAGGAGUUGGAGAAGGCCAUGAGCUGUUAUAGGAAUGCCGUUAGGAUAGACUCAAGACACUACAUAGCUUGGUUCGGGAUUGGUACCAUCUACUCAAAACAAGAAAGGUUUCAGUUGGCUGAGGUCCACUUUAAGAGAGCUCUGGCCAUCAACCCUUCAAGUUCAGUGGUCAUGUGUCACAUCGGGGUGGUACAGAAUUGCCAGCAGAAAACAGACCAGGCGCUGCAGACUCUGGACACCGCCAUCGCUGCUGACCCAGUCAACCCUCUCUGCAAGUUCCACAGGGCGUCCAUAUACUUUGCUGUCGGUCGGCUACAAGAUGCCCUCCAGGAGUUGGAACAGCUCAAAGAAAUAGUGCCCAAAGAGAGUCUAGUCUACUAUUUAACUGGAAAAGUACACAAAAAGUUGGGAAACACUCACCUAGCACUCAUGCACUUCAGUUGGGCCACUGACCUGGACCCUAAGGGUGCCAACAACCAGAUCAAGGAUGCCAUCGACCCUUCGGUGUCCAGGUCCCACACAGAGGACUCGGAUUUUGUCCAAGUAUUCCCACCGGCAGCUGAGAGCUCGCAAGAGGUCAACUCUAUGCAGCUACAAGACAGUGACGACAGUAUUCUAUGAGUGUUGACAGGCCAGCACCAACCUGUGAGCCGCUCCUCCCCCUAGUCUGGCGCUGCACUGCGCCGUGCACCACGCUACGCCGCGCCGCGCUGUGCACCUCCUCUCCAUUCUCUCUACGAUCCUAAAGGUUUAUUUUAUUGUUGUUAUAUGAGAUCUUUCUGUAUAUUUUGUUUUGUUUCUUCCUCUUAUAGUGCCUGGAAUGGUCUGGUUGUAUAGCGAAUAAAAUAAAUUAUGGUUUAUGUCGUAAGUGGUCCUGACCAUGUCUCCUUAUCAUCAUCUCUGUCUAUCACUAAUAUUUUAACAGCAAUAAAGCUUGCAAUUCUAUCGAACCAAAUAUAUUGUAUAAAGUAAACUUUACACAACUGAUUGUAAAUUUAAAUUGAUUUGUGGCUGAAUAUCAAUUACAAUGUAAUACAGGGAUCAUUCAAUUAUAAACGGAUUUUUUUCAUUUCUGUGACUGGAAUAAAGUUUGUUUUCUACAGCUUUAUGCUCAUCUUCAAACUUUGCCGUCAUGAAAAGUUUGACAAUAACACGUGUGCCCGACCCGUGCGUGUAAUCUCUGUAUCAGACCUAGCUAUCUCGCACACACAAUCAUCCUGUACAGCUGCUCGAUGCUGUUAAAUUGUGGUCACAAAAAUCUGUUUGUUAUUUGUGUGAUCCUUGUAAAAAUACUUUUAUAAAGACAUUUAACUUUGUGUAUUUAUUUAUUUUUUUAUCACCAUUAAUAUUAUUUACAACGUUGCUUAGUUACGAAGCUAGCUUUUGUAAUAACUAAACCUGUUCAAGAAUCUUCAGUACGGAGAAAAGAAAUCUCCAUCUUGAAAGACCUUUGUAUUAAGUGUCCAUUUCCAAUGCGGUUAUGUAAGCUUUUUUGAUGCAAAAAAAAAGAAAUUUCACUACUUUAUCUUGGGACUUCUAGUGCUUUAUACAUAUAUCGUAAUAUUAGGUAAAUCUCUAUGUUUGUAUAUUAAACACUUUAGUUAGUUUUUUUGUGAUAAAUUGAUGAGAUAAAAGUAUAGAUUAAAAUUUGUUGUAAUUUUACCUUAUUAAUCUUUCUAUUUCCUAUCUGUCUCAAACGGUAAAUAUUUGUAAGUUGUUUUAUUGCUAUUUAAAUAGAUAGAUUUGGCAGCUCGUUAACAAAAUAUGAGUUCUUUUAAGUGACACAAGUAGUAAUCAAUGUUAAUAAAUUAUUUGGUAGGACUUGCACCAAUCAGGAAGAUGUUACUGAACAAAAUUUGUAUAGUGUGGAAAAAAUGUAUUCCAAAUUAGGCUAUGUUACUUUCAUUUUAUAUGGGUAUGUCAAUGUUAUAACUAUUAUUUUAUUUUCCAAAAUGUCUAAUUUUAACCCAUUGUAAUGUUCAGGAGUCACCUGAUAAUGAAACCUUUGGUUUCGAAAGGCUUUGUCCAAAAAAUAAACCAUUUGGAAAGUAUUGUUUUUAUUAACAUUUAGUAACAUUGUAAUGUUGCUUAUGGAGCAAUAACUACGCUCCCUGUUAUAUGUUAUUUUCAAAACUGCACAUAUAAGAUCCUUUGACCUUGACCUUUGAUUUUGAACAUUAAAACGUGUUUGUUUUUUACAAAUCUCCACAAACGUUUAUAAUUUAAACGUUUUGAAACUAGCUCUAAGUUAGUUUACAAAUUAUUAUCUAAUAGUACAAUUAUUUAGUCAGAAUAUUAUUCUACAUGCUUUCCUGAAAUAAAUAUGAUAUAACACAAGAUCUAUAUUAUGAAGCAAAUAACUUGUGUUAUUAACUACCAUUCCAUACUCUGUCCUUUAUUACUACUACAUUUAAUACAGUUCAGAUUCACUGUGUUAUUGUUUUAUCUAUUAUAAACAUUAAAUAGAAUUUGCGUAAUUUACAGACCUUAAACAUUAUAUAAACAAAAUGUCUAAUGCAACAAAAAAUGCCAUCAAAUUGUGAAGUGUCAAGGAAAUUGUACUUGAUGAUUGGCGUUUUUUUUAACCAGAGAGAAAUGAAUGCAGCUGAUGUGCCUUCCUGAUUGGUGCAGUUUCUACCACUGUGUGCUGGAGGUGGAGCAACUGAUGACCGCUUAUAGAAAUAAAAUUUUACCUGCUAAAAGGAAGACUGACACACAUCUGUUUCACCAUGCUCCAAUUUGGGAGGUAUUUAUCAGACAAUACAAGGGGCGGAUCACCGAUACAACAAAGUUAUUGAACCCUCACUACCACUAACUUUCCUCUCAGUGCCCCGGCGUUCAUGCUGUCGGUGCAGCUGGUUCUCUCUGGAAAUUAAAUAUUGUAAAUCAGGUAAAACUUUACUCUGGCCAAAAUUUUGUUGAAAUGAUAGCAGUGGAUUGGAAGCCUAUUUUUGGGUACUAUAAGGAAAAAGCUUAUUAAAUUGUAUUUAAUUGCAAAAUUGUAAGUCUGGUGUAGCAAAAGUUUAUUCUUGCCAUCAUUUGUAGAGAAGCUUUGGGGUUGUUGACAGAAUUAUCCUGUUUUGGCUAAAUUUGAUAUGGUCAACAAAGUAUUUUAUCUUUAUGUAAAAAAAAAAGAACGUAGGUUAUGAAUUGCAACAAACUUGGAUACAUAAUUUACGUCAUAAAGCAUAGUGUCAUUGUUUAUCUCAAGCCAGUGUCUGGUCAGAAAUUGUUAACACUUGUAAUGACUUUUUACAAGAUACUAGGAGCAAAUCCUUGCUGGCCUCAUUCGCCAAUGUCCUAGUAAUUCUGGUUUGAAAGAACAUUUGCAUAAAUGUCAUUUUAGUAAUUGAAAUUAUUUGUUUUUAUAGGAUUUCUUUGCCUCAGUUCGGUGGACAUCAAAACUUUAUAUAGAGGUAAGAGAUGGGUUUUAAGGAAUUUUCAAGAUGGUUUCAAUAAUUGUAUUUGUAAAAAUAAAUUUUAUUCAUGGAUGUAAUAAAAACACUAAUUUAAAAAAAUAUUUCUUCCCGUUAAUAAUUGUUUCACAAGAGGAGAAUAUAAUAUGUGAAAAACAAAUUUUACUCAUAAUGCCUCGUAAGCAUUAGAACUGUAAUAUAUUGGCCUUCAAAUUAUGAAUAGUUUGUCAGGAAUCUAGGAAUUUUAAAUCUCCUUAAACUGCUUCCAAAAUUUCCUCUAGUUUUAACAAAAACUUAAAAAGUUAAGAUUUUUUUCAAAGUUAUUUUUAAAAUUCUUGUAAUCCCUCAUUGGUUACUAGAAAAUAGGCAACCUGUUAGAAUAUUCUGUGGGGGCUAAUCCCCAAGGUGUCUUUUGGACAUAAUGUAGUGAACUUGAAAAUGUAAUCAACUCCUCAGUGUUAGAUGGGUAUUAAUCAAUUUCAUGAGUGUUCUUAAAUCAAAGGUUAGGCUACCUAUCUACUGCUGUUAUUUUUAUUGUUCAAUCCGUAUACAUUCUUAUUGGAGUACAUCAUCGAUUGAAAAUUUUCCAAAACUAUUGAAAUAUUGGGUUGUAAUAGGUGUAUAUUUUGUGUGUGAACUGAUGUAACCAUAACUGAAAGAGACAGACGAUUGUUUGCCAAUUUUAGGUCCUUAGUUGUAUAUAUUUAAUGGCUUUAUACCCUGUACAGAUUUUGUUUAGGUUAUUUGCUACUAGGUACUCGUAAGAGUUUUUACAAUUUUUCAGAGUUAAGUGAACAGAUGCGAUUUGUACCUGUUUUAGAAAUUUUAAAUUUACAAUUGUACAUAAUAUUGUGUCGGAAGUGUAUUAUUAUUUUUCAGCUCCUUGGAAUAUUACUUAAAUCAGCAAGUGCAUGAUGUAUACAUAAUUAUUAGAAAUUUAUAUUAUUAUUAUUGUUGUGUAAGGUGAUAAAUUUUAUCAGUUUCAGCCCUCUUUAUGUUACCUCGGGUUCCUCUGUUUGGGGAAACUAGACUGGUCUUGUAUUUAUUAUACAAAGAUUGUUAUGUAGUGGUUUUGUUAUCUUAACUGUUUUAAAGUUUAUUUUAUCGAAGACCCGGUAACUAAUUAUAGCUAAUUACUAUUGUAUAGAUGUCGUCUCUCAAUUGUAAAUAUUUGUUUUGAUUUAAGUAGUUUUACACGGACGAGUGGUGUGACGUUUGGAGAUUUGUGUUUUUGUAUGCGUUAGGUUAAGUAGUAGUCAAGAGUCGUGUAUCAUACAGUUGUGUUAAUUUAUUCAAAGAAUAAUAUUUGAAGGGAGAAGAGA